AUGGCUUCUAAAAGACCUCUUCCUCGGGGAAACAAUAAAAGGCAUUUGUUCCGGAGCCUAGGAUGGCAUGUUUUCCUUUAUCUGACUGGAAUUAUUGUUGUUCGCGGACAAGUGCGGUACUCUAUUCCCGAGGAGAUGAAGAAAGGCUCACCUAUCUGUAACGUAGCGCAAGAUUUAGGGCUCGAUGUGACCAGGCUGCGAGCGGGCCGUGCCCGCAUGGUGACUGGAGAGGGCUUUCAGUACACAGAGCUUAAUAUAGACAAAGGUAUUCUAGUCGUCAAAGAGAGAAUAGACCGAGAGAAGCUCUGUGGCGACAUCACACCAUGCAGUUUCAGCUUCGAGAUCAUUCUAGAGAACCCAAUGGAAUUACAUCCUGUAAAUGUUUUAAUCCAAGAUCAGAAUGAUAACACACCACAGAUCCUUUAUCCAGUACAGACUGGUGGCUCUCUGGUGGCUGAAAUAAUGCCUCGUUCAGCAGAUGUGGGCUAUCUUGUUACUAAAGUGGUGGCUGUAGAUGUGGACUCUGGACAGAACGCCUGGCUCUCAUAUAAAAUGCUGAAAACCACAGAGAGAGCGCUGUUUGACGUCGGAUUGCAAAAUGGAGAAGUAAGAACUAUUCGCCAAAUCAGUGAUAAAGAUGCUGUGAAACAAAGACUUACUGUUGUGGUGGAAGACAACGGCCAGCCCCCCCGUUCAGCUACAGUUAUUGUUAACGUUGCCGUGGGGGACAGCUUCCCUGAAGUGCUCUCAGAGUUUACUGACUUGACAUAUAAUAAGGAUUACAAUGAAAAACUGACUUUUUACCUUGUCCUGGCCUUGGCUGUGGUUUCAUUUCUUUUCAUAACUUGCUUAGUGGUUAUAAUAUCAGUGAAAAUCCACAGAUGGAGACAAUCUCACAUGUACUAUGAGCCUACUCUCCCAGUCAUUCCGUACUAUCCACCACUUUAUGCAGACACUGGAAAUACAGGGACUCUACAGCAUAUACCUAAUUACGAGAUGUACAGGACAACUGAUUCCAGAAAGAGUGACUGUAAGUUUGCUGGACCCUGUGGCCAAAGUGUUUUGGUUAUCGAUUCCAGUUCUACAGGAGCAAUGACGCAUGCAUGCAGCAACAAACACAUCCUGGAUGAGGCCAACUCUCAGUUAGAGGUAAUUACAUGUACCUGA